AUGGGCCCCUGUACCGCCUCCUCAUGCUGCUGCCAGGCCCGUAAUCUGCCAUGGGCCCCCGUACCGACUCCUCAUGCUGCUGCCAGGCCCGUAAUCUGUCAUGGGCCCCUGUACCGCCUCCUCAUGCUGCUGCCAGGUCCAGAGUGUCUCAUGGGUCCCUGUACGGCCUCCCAUUGCUGCUGUCUCCAUCGCCACACUCUGCCAUGUGCCACUUUCAGGUCUCCUCACACUGCUGGUGGGUUCCAUUUUGUCAUAGGGUGCUGUAUGGCCUCCCAUUGCUGCUGCCUACACCGCCACACUGUGGCUCCACACUCUGGUUUUGGCCCCGUGACUGCCCAAAUGAGUGAAGUGUGCGGUGAUUCUAGGAUCGACGGCACUCAUCUGCAUGUCAUACUGACUGACAGUAUUAUUUCUCUUCCCCAGCAGACUCCAAGGGCAUUUAAAUUAAAGGUACAGUGUUCUGCACUAAUAUAA